UAAAACAGGUAGUAAUGGAAAUAUGAUUUCACUGAGGGAAGGUGAAUGUCCAUCAAGACUUUGAUAGACACUCACCGGCCACGGGCUCACCAAAACUGAACAGAAGAUUGGUAAAACCACAUUCAGAUGGAAGCAUGGAUCCAUCCUGCCUUGUAUCAACGCUUCAGGCUGCUGCUGGUGGUGUAAUGGUGUGGGGGAGAUUUUCUUAGUACCAACUGAGCAUGGUUUAAACACCACAGCCUACCUGAGUAUUGUUGCUGAGCGUGUCCAUCCCUUUAUGACCACAGUGUACCCAUCUUCUGAUGGCUACUUCCAGCAGGAUAACGCACCAUGUCACAAAGCUCACAUCAUCUCAAACAUGACAAUGAGUUCACUGUACUCCAAUGGCCUCCACAGUCACCAGAUCUCAGUCCAAUAGAGCACCUUUGGGAUGUGCUGGAACGGGAGAUUAUCAUGGAUGUGCAGCCGACAAAUCUGCAGCAACUGUGUGAUGUCAUCAUGUCAACAUGGACCCAAAUCUCUGAGGAAUGUUUCCAGCACCUUGUUGAAUCUGUGACACCAAGAAUUAAAAAGGGGGUCCAACCUGGUACCAGCAAGGUGUCCCUAAUAAAGUGGCCGGUGAGUGUAUAUCUUUGAGCACAACUGUAAUUUCUGUAAGCCAUUAAUACACACAUAUGGUGUAAGUUAGACAGUCUAGCAGCAUGUUUUUGUUUACUGUUGGUGCUACAAGCUAGCAUGCUAACACCGAGCUAGCUUGACACAACGGCGUAGCGAGCGGCAUCAAAUCAAACUAAUAGUGCUAAUUUUCGGUUUGCUUUGUUAAAAUACGGCACUACAGGUACUCACACAGUCUGUAGGCAGCGUGACGACUCGCGUUUCUUCAGUCAACUCCUUCCCCUUGGUCUGCAGGUCCCGGUGAGCCGCGGGACGUCUGUACUGUUCAACUAAUCCAAGCUGGAGCGGUGAACAUGCGCAUGCGCAUUACAACAGUUAAGUGUUUUUUUUUUGAAUUUGUGCUCUGAGCAACCUGACUGCAGACCUCAAUGUGGGCGGAGUCAAACGUUUGACACCGCCCACAUUUAGGCCAUGCAUAGAAAUGAAUGGCAAAAAUGUACUGUGAUGUAAGCGUGACAUCACGCAUCAAAAAUCAAAGUUAGUAAGUAGACCUGGUCGACCGCAAAUUCAACUGUUAUCCACACACACUUCAAAGAUAUCAUUGGAGCCAUACGGUUGGAUAACAGCAGACAUCUUCAGAGAGACUACUGAAAUUACCUUUCAGCUCAGAGAUGGAUGCAAACAGAGAUCAGAUCCCAACGGACGAGGUCUCAAGUCCAGAGGCGUGGGCCCUGAGGGUAGACACAGAGGUCAGAGCCCUCAGGAUGGAGAGACAGAAGCUGUUGGCCAGGCUCAGUGGGAGCUGCCUUGAGACCACCAACCAGCAAGAGGUAGGCAAGGAGCUCGCCACUGAGCCAGAGGCUGAGGCACCACCAAGCCAACAGGUGGAGAUGCAGAUGUCUGUCUCUGUCUCUGAGCCAGAGUCAGAGACUGUGAAGGAGCUUAAUGAGGCAGGUGACUCUCUGGAGCUCAACACUAAGCCAGAGUCAGAGGAGGAACAUAAUGAGGCAGGUGACCCUCUGGAGCUCCCUUACAAUGUCAGGAGAGCUCCACGAGGGAGACCCCCAUUUCCACCUCAUGGUCCAGUGCCGUUCAGAGGAGGACCACCUGUGUUUGUGCCACUUCACCUGCGCCUGCAGCAUGCACACUACGCGCUCAACCAGGAGAGACACAUGAGAUUCAUGGCUGAGCAAGCGAGACACUUCGAGAGGCAGAAGUGGCUGGAGGCAACGAGGAAGCUGCAGCAGGAGCGCAGCUUAAGGUUGAAGUGUGAGGAGGCGAUAGAGAGACUGAAAAGUGUGCCCUCCACUGCACCUCCCUCUGAGCUGGACCAGUCAGCUGAAAUAACCAAGCUGACGGACCAGCUUCAGGCAGAAAAGCAGCAGGCUGACGUCUUGCAGACAAAACUGCAGGAGGUCAGGGGUCAGCUGAAGGACACCCUCACCAAGGACCUGAUGCUGGUUGAAAGGCUUAGAGAUGAUAAGCAAGCCCUAGAACAGCAGAUGAAGGAGGUGACCUGCCUGCAAAGAGAGAAGGAGGAGGUGUUUGCAGCUCAGCUUGAGGAGUUGAAGGAGCAGCUGCAGAAACAGAUCAGCUCCAACCUCGAGCUGACCUGUGAACUGACUGCACAGAGGGAGGCCACGAGGGCACAGCAGAGAAAAAACCAUGCUCUGCAGCAAGAGAUGAUGUCUCACAUCACCUAUGAGCCGCUCUCCAACCACCUCCAGCCAGCAGGAGACAGCAGAGAGGACAACGCUCCCCAGGAUGUGCCAAAACAACAGCAGGAAGUUUCUCUGUGGCGGAGGUUCAAGAAGUUCGUGACACCGAAACACCUCCGCCAGUACAAGGAGAGGGCCAACAGAGAAUGAAACAUCACGUUCUCAGGCCCACGACACGCCGCAGGACAGCACGUAGGUUUGUAUUCA